AUGUCUGAGUCCGGCAAAUCGUUUUCCAACAUGGAAUCUUCCAGCUACGUCGGGUUUGCCAAUCUACCGAACCAGGUGCACCGCAAGUCGGUGAAGAAAGGGUUCGAGUUUACGCUGAUGGUGGUCGGUGAGUCGGGCCUCGGUAAAUCCACCCUGGUGAACAGUCUGUUCCUGAGCGAUCUUUAUCCGGAGCGUGUCAUACCGAACGCUGUUGAAAAACAAAAUCAAACCGUUAAGCUGGACGCGUCCACGGUGGAGAUUGAGGAGCGAGGCGUUAAGCUAAGGCUAACGGUCGUCGAUACGCCCGGUUUCGGCGAUGCGAUCGAUAAUAGCGAUAGCUUCAGUGCAAUCCUCGAGUACAUCGAUGAACAGUACGAGCGAUUUUUGCGCGACGAAAGUGGCCUCAACCGUCGUAACAUUGUCGACAACCGGAUACAUUGCUGCUUUUACUUUAUCUCACCUUUUGGCCAUGGGCUUAAACCGCUCGAUAUUGAGUUUAUGAAGAAGCUGCACUGCAAGGUGAAUAUUGUGCCGGUAAUUGCGAAGGCCGACGUGCUGACGAAGAAGGAAAUCCAGCGCCUCAAGUGCCGUAUAAUGCAGGAGAUUGAGGAUAAUGGGAUCAAAAUCUAUCCACUGCCCGAUUGUGAUAGUGACGAGGACGAGGAUUAUAAGGAGCAGGUGCGUCAGCUAAAGGAAGCGGUUCCGUUCGCUGUUUGCGGUUCGACCACGCUGCUGGAGGUGAAGGGACGGAAGGUGCGCGGUCGGUUGUAUCCGUGGGGUGUGGUUGAGGUCGAAAAUCCGGAACAUUGCGAUUUCAUCAAGCUUCGCACGAUGUUAAUCACACACAUGCAAGACCUGCAGGAGGUUACCCAGGAGGUGCACUACGAAAAUUAUCGCUCGGAACGGUUGGCUAAAUCCGUGCGCAAAAACACAAACUCCGUCAUUAAGGAAGAUAAUGCCGUGCCCGGAAGUGAGUCACUGACCGAGAAGGAUCGAAUUUUGCGUGAAAAAGAAGAGGAAAUCCGCCGAAUGCAGGAAAAGCUCGCGCAAAUGCAGGCCAAAAUGCAGGCACAGAAGUAAAUG